AUGGCUUCUUCCAAGAGAUGGGCUAACCUAAUUUGUUCCAUUGCUUUCUCAAUAUAUUUCGUUAUCAUCAUCUUUCAAGUCCCCAUUUUCAGUGUUCCAUGCAGAAUUGGAAUAUGUAAGACACCAUUAGAAGUGACAUCUUCUCAGUUGAUUGCAAGUGAGGUCUUCCCAGUUUUCAUAGUGAAGGCUCUUCUCUACCCAGGAGCUAUUGCAAAGGCUAUUAUCCACUGGGAACCGUUUCCGAGCUUUGGAAAUUUGCUCGAGCGGCACAAAUUAAAUGCAAGGCCAGUCUCGGCUGCAUCAGAUCUUCAACGCCUAGAGGUUAUAGCAGGAAGUUACUUGUCAGUGGGAGGAGCAAUUAAUGGGUUGAUAAAACCAGGUAGAAUGAGUCUCCUUGGAAUGCUUCUUCUCAUGUGGGGUCUAAUUAGAGAAGUCAUUAUGAGGCAUGCUAAAAGUGUUCAUAUAUAUCCAGCAAUAUACAUUGCAGUAGCAUCUGCAUUCUUUUCUAUUAAAAAAGAUGUAAGGAAGAUUGUUCAUAGUUUUGCUAGAGAGGAAGUUGUGAAGGUAAAGAGGCACUGAUGAAUCAGGAGAUUGUAGUAGCUAUGAUGCACAGAUACUUCAAUUUUGCUGUAGUAGUAGGUAAAAGCACUAGUAUCGUUCAAGAGUAUUGGAGACACUAGGAUAUAGAGAGUUCUAACUUCUAAAUGAUAGGUUAGUUAGUGAAGAAUAUU